GUCAUCUCGAAGCGCCAACAAACACACGAAGACCAUCGCGAAACAAGAAGCUUGCUUAUGAGCACUGUAAAUACAAAAUGUGUGAAAGCUCUUUCUCGUUGGGUCUUCAGGAGCGCAUGCAGCGUUUGCAGGAGCUCACGGAUUUCACAGAGACUUGUCAAGCAGACCUAAAGGGUUUGUUUGAGGCGCUGGGAUGGAGUCAGGAAUUAGAUUCACAUGCAAUUCCGAUGGAAGUGUGUCCAUAUGAUCCAAACCACACAGUCCCACGGGACAGGAUGGAGAAACACAAAGCCUCCUGUCAGCUCAGUAAGAUGGGAUACUCAAAAGAGGAACAGGCUGAAAUGUUUGAUCAUUCAGUGUACUAUGAGAAAGCUAAUAUUCCUUCAAUUAACAUGGACAAAGAUACAUUUCAUCAAGUGAUUCUGCAGACCCGGGAAAAUGCCCUUCAUAUGAAAUCUACAGGACUUCACACACCAAGUGACACAUCUCCCGAUCUCCCUGACAUACCUCAGAAUCAUAAGAGGGCAUUAUGUGACCUCACUGGGGCAGACCGAUUGGCCAUCUAUGAUCAUGUGAUACAACAAUCCAGUCAGCAGAGUGCAAAGAGAGAAUCCAAUGAGGAUCUUUAUGUGGAUCUUGUUGCGAAGCUUAAAAAAGAAGAAGAACAGAGUGGGCCGAAGUCUCAUCUAGAGGUCUUGGCUGAGAUGAGGGACUACAGGAGGCGUAGACAGUCUUACAGAGCGAAAAAUGUUCACAUCACCAAGAAGUCUUACACUGAGGUAAUUCGGGAGGUGAUUGACAUCCACUCUGGAGAGCUAGGCAGGAUUUGGCAGGAAGUGAAGGAUGUGGAGUUCAAAGCAUCACAGCAGUCAUCUCACAGAGGGGCAUCUGAGAGAGGUCGCUCUGCAUCCGUCGAGUCUCGUGAGUCUCGUGUCAGCUCCCGAGAGGAACAUGGACACAAACGGCACCGCAAGCACAGCCGUAGCCGCAGUCGUAGUCGCAAGCGUAGUCGGGAGAGGAAAAACAAAAGUAGCAGAGAUUCACACUCUUCAGACGUGGAGAGACAUCAUAAGAAAAAGAAGAAGAAAAAUAAGUCUUGAAGCCUAAUUUAACAAAUCGGGAAUUAAUGUGUUUAGAUUUCAGACAUUCUGAGCUUUCUCGGGUUUGUGUUCUGUAUUUUGGAUGGUAUGCUACAUUAAGAUUGCUUUAAUAAAAUGUAACAAAUA